AUGAGCGACAUUUACGUCUCUGCCACGUUUUCAAGUCACCAGUCUAACCAGUCCGUCACCAGCCACCCAUCUGCUAAAGACUUCAAGGAAUUCAAAAUAGCCGAUAUAGUUAAUCUUUACGUUCCGCCUAUUCUAGUUUUAGUCGGCAAUGUCUGUAACAUUUUAGCUAUAUGCGUCAUGAGGACACAACACUUCCGAUAUCUGUCUACAUCCGUCUACAUGAUAGCUUGUGCAUUAAACGAUGCUACAAGUUUGAUUAUAUCGCUGACAGCUCAUUGGUUGUAUAUGAAUUUCCCGGAAAUAGUUGUUAGAUCAGCAUACUCUCAUUACAUGUGCAAGUUUUUUAACUUCUACGGUUGGGGAAACUGUGACUAUACCAUCAUCUUGACUGCGGCUAUGACUGCAGAUCGUGCGUUUGCUAUAAUGAAACCCUUAAAAGCAUCUACCUUGAAUUUAGUGAAAAGAGCCAAAAUUGUCGUCGUUUCACUU